AUGACAGUCUCGAUUCGAUUCGUCCUUCCACUUUGCACCAUAAUGACCGAUCGGUCGAAUUCAUCUACGCCAGUCUCGAGCUCGAUUUACCUUGUUGAUGCAUCUGGUCUUGGUUUGAAACAAGGUUGGAACCUGAAAUCAUUCGCUCAAGAGAUAAGCUGGCUUCUCUCGACAUGUUACCCGGAAACAAUUUUGAAAGUUUUUGUUUGCAAUGCGCCUUCAUAUUUCGCGACGGUCUGGAAGUACCUCAAGAAAUGGAUCGAUCCCAACACCGCUGAGAAAAUCGAGGUAUUGGGUAGUCAUGAGGUUUUUGACGCUCUGAAGGAGAAUAUUGAUGCUGCCGAUAUUCCCACUUCUUUUGGAGGAGACUUUGAUUUUGAUCACGGAUCGCUUCCAGUGCUGGACGAAAAUAUUCGCGAUCGUCUGUCAUGGAACUCACCACAAGAGUCUUUGCCUUCUGGUCCUCUUAAGUUUUCUGAAUAUGCGGAUGGAAAACUUACGGCAAUGGCCGUUGGAGGCUUGCGAGGAUUGAAACGUAAUGAGGUCAUAGCAACGAUAGACCUAGACGGAGGUGAAUAA